AAUCUAUAAAACUUAUAUUCUGUACUCUGUAUUAAUUUCAUAAAAUGUGAUAAAUAUAAAAUAUUAUUUCAGAAAAUGGGGGCAAAAGAAACGGGAAUUAAACCAAAAGCAACCGGCACAAAAGGCAGAAAUGUUGGAAGUAAUAAACCAAAUUUUACGGAGAAAAAGAAAUUUAACGGUCCGAAGAAGAAUUACACAGGAAACUUAAAGAAACAAAAGAACAGAGAAACUAAACUCAGGAUGGUGUUUAACGAAGGAGCCAGGAAGGAGUUUCUCACCGGGUUUAGGAGAAGGAAGGACGAGAGAAGAAAGAAAGCUCAGGAGGAAAUAGAAACAAGGUUGAAGGAGGAAAUUAAAAAAAUCAAAUCAGAAACAAAAAACAAGUUGGAAAUGGCAAAACAGAGUAAAGCGCACAGAAUAGUACCAGAGAUUGCUCACCUUAUUGAAACAGAACAGACAGACACUGCAGUCACAGACUUCGGGUCUCACAGUGUAUCUGUGACUACCCUGGAUAGUCUGGAGAAGAUGAAUGCUCCUUGGAGAGCUAGUCCCGGGGAGGAUGAUGAUGAGGACGAUGACGAGGAUGAAGAGCCUGAUGUAGAAGAGGCUGAAGAGGUUCCUGGGAUGUCCCUAAAGUCUGCCCCCGCCACGAGGAUCGUGAGCGUGGUGGACCCGAAGGAGCGGAAGCAGAUCAACAAGGCCGCCAUCAAGGAACUUCAAGCCUCGAAGGCGUUCAAAGCGAAGGAGAGAAUACGUGCUAAGAAGCAGAGCACGGUUGCCAGGUUCUCCAGGGGGAAGAAGUUGAAAAAGAAGAGAGACAGAGUUCAUAAUCCUAAAAAAAUUGUUGCCUAGAAAAUAAAUUUUUUAUCAGAAA